AAAAGACAACAACAAAAGAGAGAACGAAUAAUUAGAGGAAUAAAAGGAAAAAAUCCAUCCUAUCAGCAGAACGCAAGUAAAUUGCAGUCGUGUCAAAAAUACAUUAAAGUUGUGAGCUUAUCAGAGUCGAGUACUCCACAAAUCAAUUUCGUCACAAAGACGCAAAAGUUAAUAUAAAACGAGAACAUUUCUAAAUAAUAAAAAUCAUGGCUGAUGAAGAGCAACCUCAACUUUUGGCUGGUCAUCCACCGGCAGUUAAAGCUGGUGGCAUGCGUAUUGUCCAACACAAAACCCACAACUCGGAACGUCCAGCCAAAGAUGCCGAAGAUUGUACCGGUUUGACGCAACCCGUUAGUGUCAAUACCAUGUCGGUUAGUGGUGCUCCGGUAAAAGGCAAUGUGGAUUACACGACCGAGGCCGUUCAGGUGGCCCAUACCCCAAAACCACCAAAUCAUGUUUCGGUCAAACAUCCCAUAAACAUUCAACAGCCUCGCAAGUGAAUUUGAAGUCCAUUGGUGGGUUUGUUCGUUUCCGAGAAACACAUACAGAACAAGAAGAUGGCCUACACCUAAAUGGAACAUUUAUUUUUAGACAAAAGCUUUUUUUGAAAAAUACAUUCCUUUCAUUCAUA